AUGCCGGCGCCGUCUCCGUCUAUUCUUGGUCUCUCUUACCUCUCAAUUCCUGUGUUCUCGGCCGUUGCCGGAGCUGUGCUCGUGCUCUUCUUCUUCUCAAAGUAUUUUCGCCUGAGGAAGGCGGAGGUCGCAUCCAUCGCCGUUGCACCAGAACCGAAGCCAACGAAUCAAAAGUCUUCCAAGCACUCUGUCAACUGGCAUGGGCACAAGAAAUCUCACGCGAGAUCUCACUUGCACGUCCCGGACAAGGUGCGGGGAAUAGCUUCGUUGGAUUUCCGUUUAUUUCGUCGAUUUUUUGAAGGAAAGCUGGAAGGCAUUUUCGAAUCUGAUUUCGUUGAAACGAGAGAAUUUACAGGACCAGAAUAAGCGGCAUCAUCCUCUGGAGGCCAAUACCUUGAAGGGGCACAGCGAUUCCGUCACUGCUCUGUGUUUCUCAUCCGAUGGCCACAGUUUGGCGACUGGUUAACUUCUAAGCACUUUUGUUGAUAUCAGUGAUAAAUUCUGUCCACACUUGCAUAUCUACUACUGACGGAUGGGUUCGUUUGCAGCUUGUGCCGAUGGGGUGGUGAGGGUGUUCAAGCUGGACGACGUCUCAAACAAAAGUUUCAAGUAAGGGAAGGGGGGGUGAAGGGUGUCAAUACUUAUUCGCAUAUCUGUAAUUCAAAUAAUCAAGAACUCAUUUCUAAAAACGUGAUCAUCUUGUGCUCCACAGGCUUCUAAGAAUCAACUUGCCUGCCGGGGCCCAUCCCGCAGCCAUCACUUUCUCGGACGGGGCGUCAACAGUGGUGGUGGCUGCUCAGGUUCUUUCAGGUUCUUCUCUGUAUGCGUAUGGGGAUGUGAGUCUGAAGCCCGCGGGUGAGGGCCAUUAUCAAGUGAGACCGUCCCUUCCAGAGGCAAAAUGGGAGCACCACAAGGUCCACGACCAGAGGUCAGUGAUUACUUUGUUUGGGACAAAGGCAAGUUAUGGUACUGCUGACCGGAGUACCGUCAUCGUCUCGUGUUCUGAAGGUACUGCCUGCUUGUGAAAUGUUCUUGCUUCUCGCGCAGCUUGUUUUUUCUUUCUUAUUGAUGAUGAUUUCUUAAGGUAAUUAUUUUACUUCGAGAUGCUUGAUGUUGGUGUUCAUAUUUUUCUACAUGCACUGUAAGACAGAAUUUCAAAGAGUGAGAGAAGCUGCAAUAACAUCUUUUAAAAAUAAAAUAAAUUGAUCGAUACGAUAAAUCACUAAUAACAAGAGAAUGUGUAUAAUACAUGAAUUACAUCACUAAAAGUUUGAUGAGGGAGCCUGUUUCUUCUCUUUGCAUCUCGUGGGUUAGUCCUCAGGUCGCACAGCCUAGUCCAUGGAGAGCACAGGCCUGUUCCUCGUGAAUAAGGAUCAGAAAACCAAAAACCAGAACCACACUGAUCCUUGUUUUGUUUCCUGGAAAUUCUCGUAUCCUUUGCCAUGACUGGUUCCUACCAUUUUGAUCCGGUUCAAUGGUUUCAGUAUGAACUGGCUGGCUUUCUAUUCCCUGGUUGCAAAGUUCACAUGUCUUACUUUCUAUUUUGCUGAACAUUUCGACCAUGGCAUCCAAUAUUCUAUUGCAGUAUCUACUCUUGUUGAUUAUUAUCUGAAUGUCAUUAUGUUUGGAGUCAAUGGGCAUUGCUAUAAACCUCUCUCGUCAAGGCAUUGAAUUCUGUAUGAUAAGCAUCACAUGAAAUGACCAAAUCCAACAAAAAACAUUAGGAAAUUGAGAUCGAUGUCGAGCACAAUGUUAGCCUAUAAAGAACUGUCGAUACACUUUUAAGAUUCUGUAUUUGGAUUGUAUCAUGUUGUAUUCAACCAAAACACCAGAAGGAUGAUUGGAGCCAGAGAGCUACAUUAUUUCUUGAAAAAUGUAUUCAUAACUUAUUAUUCAAAGGUUUAUGGCAUAAGAUUAUGGGCAAGGAAAAACUGAGAGUCAUCACUCAUAGACUGUUCCUUUUUGUUUAAUGCUUGUAGUUAAAGGUACUCUCUGUAAUUGGACCGUGCCUUUAUUUUGAAAUAAUCUCUCUUUAACUGUCAACUUAAAACAAUCAUCACUCAAAAUUUUCAUUUUUUCAGGUCCUGGAAUGAUCCUUUAUUUUUUAGUUAAUGGUUACUGGCGUUAAAUUAUUGUCAAGAAAAGCCUGAGCGUUUUCACGCGUAAAUUCUUUUCUUUUUAGUUUAUGCAUGUAGAUGGUGAUGGUUUCUUUAAUUAUAUUUUGCCUUCUUGACGCGGAAAAAGGAUCUCAAGAUUUAGUGGGUCGUUCUUCAUGGAAAAAUCUGGACUGUCUGGGAGGGGAGGGGUGGGGGAGAUGCAUAUUUUUAAUGGUCAAGUGCUUCAACAGUUACAGUUUUUAGUUGGGUGUGUGAUAAGAUCAAAGGGGGUACGAGAUAUCUUUAUGUACGGAGGGCUGAAUCUGUUACUGAUGCAGGGUACAGUUUGAUGUAUUGGGAUUUUUUUGAGAGCUUGCAUGCUGAACACUUGCACACACUAUCUUUUUACUAUCUAAUCGUCACAUGGUACUACCCGCUUAAAAAAAAUAAUGAAUUGUGCCUUAACUUUUUCAGUUUGUUGAAAAGGCAUCCUUCUCGAAAUGUUUUUAGACUUUUUAAAGUGAAACAGAUAAAAGCAGCUUUCACUUUGCAGGCACUGACAUUAAGCUUUGGCAUGGAAAAACUGGGAAGAACUUGGGGGCUGUUAAUUCAAACCAGCUUAAAAACUCCAUGGCUACAAUAUCUCCGAAUGGCCGUUUUCUGGCUGCUGCUGCAUUUACUGCAGAUGUGAAGGUUGGUAUUUUUUUGGCUAUCUUUUCAAACAGCAUGCUAUCACUGGAGAGAUAUGUAUGGGUGCAUGUGGUUGUAAUAAAUCUACGUAUUGAUCAUAGGGAAUUUUCUUUAGUUAAAAUCGGUGUGAUCUUUUCAUCGAUAUCAUAUUGUUCCAUAGAGUAGAUCUAAUCAUAUGUAUUCUCAUGAUGUUAUUUCCAAUAUUAUGGUAUUGCUGGAAGUUGGAGAUGGUUAGAGAGAGAAUGUCAUAUUAAUUUUAGGUGCUGACGAUAUGGUGAACAGUGAUAGACUCAGGAUAUUACAUGCAAAAAGUGUGCUGUCAGUUUUGGGAGGGUGGAUAAACGUCCAUAACUGUUAAACAAGAAUAAAAAUACAGAACAUUGCAGAAAUGGAAAAAUAAAAUAAAAAAUCUUCCCAGGUAGAACUUCUCUUUCUAGUUUGGCAAAACUGGGGAAAAAUGAAGUUCUGCCCUACAAAUGGAUUUCUAGAAUGUUUGACAGUUGGGAUGCAGCAUAUUUCUGAACAUUCUUCAUCCUCUACGGGAGGAAGUGCAUGGACACUCACAACCCACGUUGUGCAAUAAGCUCUAGUUCCCAAACAUGGGACAAAUUCAUUACAAGCGUGGGAUAUAGACCUCCAGUAUUUGUCAUUCAUAUCAUGAUGUGAAUUUGACAGGUUCAACGUGAUCUGUAUUUGCAUCAUCUGACAGUAAUGUUGAUGUUUUGUGUAUUGGUAUUACGAUUAUAACUUGCUUUUCUUCUACGAUAGCUGCUGGAUUCUGCUUCGACUGAACAUGCCAGUGUUCCACUGACUUCAAUCAGAGUUUUUUAUGUGAUAUGUUGCUGACUUUAUUACCUUCUAUUUGUAUACAAGUGGUGCAUUACGACCUGCGCGUUUUUCUGUCAUCACCUUGAGAUAGUCGUGUGGGUCAACAAGUCAAAAAGUGAACAAUUGUAUAUGAUGCUGAAGUUGGUCAGCUUUAUUGGGCUUUUCUUUUGAGGGGUGCAAUUAUCUAAUUCCCACGCAACCUAUUUCCGGGCCUUGUACCAUAUGGAAUCGUCUAAUUGUAGCAACAAUGAGAUGCAUGCAUCAUAUCUGAACGACAAAGUGGUCUAGUCUACUAGUUGGUCGGAACCUCUGAAUUUCUGAAACCCAAGGACAUUUAAAUUAAUGAAAUCAUACAUGAAAUAUGAGAUGAGUGCAAUUAAAAGUGUGCAUGAAUUUCUUUGAUAUUACUUUUUUGUCAACAGGGAAGGGGACUAUUUUUUCUAUCUGCAUUUAUGUUUUGGGUGUUUGUGUUUUUCCCUGGUCUAAGGAUAAUGGUUUCGUGAAACUAAAUUCAGUUUGGCUCAUUGUUUCGCAUCUUCGUUGAUCACUUACAAGCUGUUUUAUUUGAUGUCCAACUUAAUAGAAGAAUGUUUAUCAGUCAAAGCAAAACUAGACUGUGGCUAGUUUUCACUUUGGUGUCUUGUCUUUUAUAUCAAAAUUCUAGUUCUAUUGUUCUUUUUGUCCUUUCUUGGCCACUUAUUUGUUAUUUAAUGAGUUUUUAUCGUUUCUUUUAAAGUAUGUGAGGUUGCCAAGUUGCACCACAAAGCAGAGAAAAACACAAAAAGUGUGACCUUUUUGCUUUUCUAGGUAUGGGAGGUUAUUUACUCUAAGGAUGGGUCAGUGAAAGAGAUUUUGAGAGCAAUGCAGCUGAAGGGACAUGAGGUUAUGCAACUUUCCGAUGCUCUUUGUAUUUUCUACAUGUCUAGUCCUCUUCAUCAUCUCUGCUUGACGUUCUUACCUGAGGCAGUUCCGUUUUCCGAUCGUUUUAUGACAACAACUGUCCAUCUAACUCUUUGAUUGAACAAUAGAUGACGAUAAUGACAACAGUUAUUAUAUUUUCUUUAGUCUGAAUCGUAGUAUUUAAGUCAGUUCCUUCACACAGUAGGCAAGCCUUGAGCAGUGCUCUGUGCUCUAGUUCAGGUGAACAAAGCUUCAGAGCUCUUUGUUCACGUGAAAUUGAAUGGCCUAAAAAGCAGUUCACCCAAACAGGAAGUGUGCUCUUCUAAAUAUGAAUAUGUAUCAUAUCUAUAAUUGAUGUCAAAUAUUUAUAAAUAUAGCCUGAUUUUAUUUUCCUUUAACAUACCAAAACGUCGGACAUUUGGUGCGAAUGUUUCAGACAAGUAUUUCUAUGAUGUUUAUAGUAUGUAUACUUAUACAUUUUUUAUUCAUUAAAUAUUUCAGACAUAGAUACUAUACUGAUACAAGGGAUAUCUGAAGCAUUAGAUGAUAGAGAACCAUUUUAGUCUUUUUAGGAACACUAGCAACCUGAAACUAAAGAAUUGAGACAAAUUGUCUCUUUUACUUAUAAGAAAUAAAUUAGUCAUUUCUUUCUGGCAGGCUUGGGGAACAUUUCGACGAUACUUGAAGAUACAUUUUCUCAUUUCUUUCUAUGCCGAUAAUACUCUCGUUGUUUUAACCUUGCUAACAAGAUCUGGGUCAAUAUGGGAAUCAGGAGACCGUCCCCCCUCUUUCCAAGGAGAAAACAUCAACCCUCUUUUGUGCUAAUAUCUCCUCUUUGGAGGCAUGGUAUCACAUCAUCUUGUUCUCCAAAGUCCAACUUCCUAUUUAUCUGAGGUCAAUGGUCAAUUUAGUCAGUUUCUAGUAUUCACGUGCAUUUGUGAUAUGUGACAAUCUCAAAAUUCUUCGUGAUGAUAAGUAGGGAAAAAAAAAAGAGCUGUGUGCUUUACAAAGCACGAAAAUAUAGUGUUCCCUUCUUUUGAUGAGAAAAAUAUUAGUUUUCAAUGCUGUGUCAUUUUUCAUUUAUGACCUAGUUCAAGAUUACUUGAGUAAAUAGGUAGUUAUCGAUACUGAUAUAAACCAGUUUAUCAAAAAAAUCAUGGAUGGAAACCUUUCAUGUGAAUUAUCAAGUUUGUAUUUAAAAGCCAUGUGGAUGGCUUCUUCCUGGGUAACUGAUUAUCUCUUGAGGAGAGAUUUAGGUUCCAAUUUCUAAUCUCUUUCUGAAGCUUAGUUCCAUUAUGGUCCGUGAUGCAUUUCUGCUCGGAGAAGGCUUCAACUGCGAUCUACACCACCGUGCUACUUGUUCCCACGGAAAUGUUAUGAUGGCUGUCUAUUUCAAAGACUGCUGCUUCCAGAUGACCUUCUGAAAAAUCAGGCACCAGUGACCCCCUAGCCAUUUCAGUCCUGGCUUGUUUGGAUAUCACCUCAAAAUUAUGUGAAUGAGGCGUUCUGGCCGACAGUACCUAAGUAGGGCAUGCAGAAGCAUUAAUUUUCUCUUCAUUGACCUAAGCACUUCAGGGAAGUUGAUAUUGAUUCCUUAGAUCUCUUGUCUGUCAAUAAUAGUCAGAUCAUAACCAUUUCAUUGAUGCUUCUUAAUAAUGUACAUGGUUCGAGGUAAGGAUGUCCAAGAAUUUAUUGAUGUAAACCUAAUGCAUCAACAUGUCUUAGCAACACCAUGUCAAUAAAGGUCUAUUAUCGAGAGAGAAUGAGUAUUGUACCAUCAAGUUUACCCGAUGUUCUGUAUUAUCUGCCAUUAGCAACUUCUCUUCUGUACACAUUUACCUUUUCAGAAGGUUAGUUUUUCUUGUGUAGUGCGCUGCCUUGAUUCCAUCAUGAUUACGGCCUCUACAACUCCUACUUAGGAUUCUCAAUUCUACCACAUCAAUUCCUAUGCUUAUGCGUUUCUGCAGUGUGGCAUUUCAACAGAUGGAUUCUCACUUAAAAAGGAUGAUUUAGAUUGAACCAUUGAUGCCCCCAUGCCCAAAUUUUUUUUUUAGGUCUUGUUAAUGUUUUUUUUUUUUUUGCAUUUCCUUUUAAAUUUUUAUGCCAUUUCACUGCAUUGCUUCUGAUAUGUUCCCUUAUUUCAUUGAAUUUUUCCUUGUAUUUUAGACUUCAAUAAAGGGAAAGUAAUCAGAUAUUAAUUUUUUUUAAGAUGGUAAAUCCUUUGAUGGCAUUUUAUUUUGUAGUUGACCGGGCUAUUAUGUUGUCUCCUCUGUAGGAUAGAUUUUUAUUAUUCUAAAUUCAUCUUCUCUGGUUUUCAGAGUGCAGUAACUUGGUUGUGUUUCACUCCAGAUUCCGAAAGGAUCAUUACAGCAUCAAAAGAUAGAUCCAUUAGAGUGUGGAAUAUCAAUGGUAAAAAUCUUUUAUAAGUUCCCUUGGCAAUGGUUUCGUACCUAUACUAUUGAAAUAACACUAUGCUAUGGCAGCCAUAAAAAGAAUACAGAGAAUGGCUAGGGAAAGUUUGUGUAUGAGGCAGCGAGGAGGCUUUUUUUAUUGUUUUCUUUCCCUUUUGGGUUGGUGCCUGUUGUGUAAAUAUGAUGAAUGGGGGAAAUUAAGGAGAAAAGAGAGGUCACUUAUGAACAGGAGCUGGGAAAAAAAUAAAAGAUUCUAAGGCGUCACACCUUAUGCUUGUGCAAUUAAUAGACAGUUAAUCCAUCUCUGGUACCUUUUCUGUGUCCUUUAACUUCUGGCUUCGAUACAGCAGAGCUCUGGUCAAACUCACUUGAUACAGGCCAGUAGAUCUAACCUGAAAGCUUCGUGUUUCUUCUGACUUGAGAUUUCUGAUAGUUUGCAGAACAUGAUCCACCAUCAGAAGGUUUUUUGACUAAAAUCUGAUUUUAAAUGCAAUAUCUUGUACGUUGGAAAUCCAUACUUGACACCCUUCUGCUUUUAUUGUAUUUGGAGUCUUGAACUGAAGUAAGUUCUAUUAGCGAUACUGAUUUAUGGUCAUAUUUCAAAAUGACAUUUCCAAGCAUGUUUCCUGUAAGACUAUCAUUCCUAAACAUGAAUGUUUUGGAGAGUUAAUUUGAUUCCUUACAUAUGACUCAAAUUGGUCUCGGAACUUGAGGCCCACUGACUGGUUGUAGUUGUUGUAAUCUCCAGCAGUUAGCCACUCCUUUCCCAGGAGCUGUUAUGUGACACUUUUGAAUGUAACGUGGCUCUUUCCUUCCUGGCCUGCUAGUACUUCCAGUCCCGCAGAAAUGAGGUGCAAUAGAUUGUUAGUUUAGCCGUCUGUGUCAAACUGGCUGGCCUUGUUCUGCAUCUCCAGAAGGGUGGCGCUGAGGUGGAGUUAAAGAAAAAGAGGAUUUUUAUGGAUAGCGAUAGAAGGUACUAAGUUGGUAAAGAAUAGAGGAAGCCUGGAAACAAAUACGUGAAACAUUUCCCCUGGUUGGGGCUGGGGAUCCUGUUAAGUUAAAAACCUAAAUUGGAUCUGGAAGUAUUUUUUAGCUGACACUGGAUGGUUGUGCAUAAUGUAAAUUGGAUGAUUCAUAUGUGGAUGAUGGUAGAGUCAUGCAGGCAUAUGAUGAGGAUUCCUGUCCUUUUCUCCCAAUGAAUCACCAAGUGGGAACUCAAUACCUCCCACCUUUCACUGGUGACUUAGUAGACUAGGAGUCUAAGAUCUUCCGAGCCAACUUUGGUGACUGAUGCUGGAACAUCCCCCCAGUUGUCACGCACUGUACAACUCCUCUUUUCUUGUUAUUUUUGGAGCUGUCUCGCAUCAUGGUCUUGCAAAAUGCUAUCAAAUGCAAUGGGUUUUUGUUUGCCGCCCGGGUCAUUAUUUUAAUGCAUCUAGAUAAUUUUAUCUGCUUUCUUUGUGCUAGAGCAUCAGAAUAACGUUUUCGUUUGGUCUUUUUGUUUUUCUGAUGGUAUUGCAACUUUGAAGUUCGUUACCAUCUCGAUGAGGACCCGAAGACCCUGAAAGUGUUCCCAAUAACUCUUUGUGACGCCAAAGGUUCUGUUUUGCAUUAUGAUCGUAUCAGUCUUUCGCCUGAUGGACGGAUAUUAGUUGCUACUCAUGGAUCUACCUUGCAAUGGCUGUGUGCUGAGACUGGAAAGGUUUUGGAUACGGCUGCUAGUUCACAUGAAGGUGCAACUUUUCUUCUUUAUUUCUAUCUUUUUUAUAAUAAUAUAUUUUUUUCCUACAGUUGGUCAUUGUUAUCUAUAAACGGCUCUUAACUAAUUGUCAUGCUGUGAUCUUCCGCAUGUUUGUAAUGCCGAAAAAAUGAUUCUUCUUGCAUAUGAUUUCAUUGAAAUUCUUGUUUAAGCAUGUUUUUAUCUAUCAUCAUAAUGUUUAUUCUGUGCAUAUUUUCCCUGCAUUCUUGUUUGCACAUAUUGUUGAAAUAUCCUCUGAAGACGACUUAUUUUAUGUGGUUUAUGCUGUUCUCGCAACUUACAGCUGUUACUCUGAUACUAACUGGUGCAUUGACGCUUUAAAUGUUUUUUGGUUGUAAAAGCAAGCUUUGACACAGUUCAACAGAAACCUUACAACAGCACAUAUUUAAAAAUGUUCUCUUUUAGUAAGUUAGGUAUGUGAUAAAAUUGGGGAUUCUGUCUAUGAAAAUUCUAUCAUUCAUUACAUUCCAUCUCCAGAAUUGUAUUCUCAAUUACUUGUCCAAAAGCAAUUGGCUCCUUGGCACUUUGUAAAAUGAGCUAUAAAGUAAUACUUAGAAUCAGGUGCAGGUUGCGGUCAUCCUCGAGUGAGACUGAUCCAGAUUUCAACCUGGACAGGAAUUAGGUGAUUCCUGGGAAAUCAAUCCAAAUGGGGGGGCGAAAACAUGAAAUAAAAAGGAACUUUAUGCAAAAGCAACUAAUCAGAACUUUUUUCUGAGAUCAGCUUUGAAAGUGUACGUGCUCCAGUUUUCUGAAGACGCCCAUUUCUAGUGGCUGGAGAUGGAGAAUGAUUAGAAGGAAAACAAUGAUUAUGCAUGUGUUGGCUUCUGUUAAGAGGCAAUGACGAGUAUAAAUGCCCAUGUGGCAGCCACACGAGUAGUGGCUAGUGGCCGCUGGUGUCCUGGCAGCCGAAGACAGCAGCACCGUGAGGCAUAGAAUGUUCACUGGAGGGUGCACAUCCUUCUUUUUCCCUUUCUGUUUUUUCCUUCACUACUGCGCCGCUGCUUCGAAAUCUAUAUAUUAAAUGGUUAAAAUUAGAGACGGUCAAAAAGACUUUGCAUGAUCUCCAUUUUGGUCCAUUAAUGUAAAAAUAGGGUCUUAUCUGUGUGCAUGAAACGUAAGGGUUAAAGAUACCCAUUGUAUAAAAUGGAUCAAAUGUGUAGCUGUAGAUGUUAUCAAAUAUCAAAUCACAGAAGCAGAAAGAGACCCUUAUGCUUCUUUCGAAGGUCUGAUACCCGUAUUUAAUGAUAUCAAAUCGGGGCGGCUAUUUUAGACCAUAUAACUGUAAAUGAACACCAUCCUUGAUAGAUGGAAUUAUCUUUUUAACCAGCGUUGAUCAUUCCCUAUUUUUCACUUUCUCUUCUCUCUUCUUAUUAUGCUCCACCUGCUGAAAUCAGUUAACUUGGGAUGAUGCACAUCAUUCACUUAAUAUCUUUCCCCCAUGAUGUAUUAUUAGAUUUCCUUUUUCAGAAUUCCUGCUUUUGAUUCAUUCUUUAACUUUCGUGGGAUAUUUCCAUAUUGCAGGCGAAAUCACUGGCCUUGCUUGGUCGCCUCAGAUGAUUCCAUUAGGUAAUUGCUUUUAGAUCUUCUCCAAGUCUUCAUGAUUAAGCAUGGAGCGGUAACAUCCUAGAGCUAGUAUUUUCUUGGUUCAUAACCCGUGCAUUGGUGGGGCCAUGAUGGCAAGACAAACCCAGAAGAAAUUGGCCAUACGACAAGCAAUGUCUGAUGUCUUCUGCGUAAUGACUUUUUUAGAAUCCUCUCCUAACCCAUUCCACUUAUUUAAAUUUUCAUAAAAUCGAAUAUAUUUUAAACAAGGUAUGAUUCUUUCAUUCUUAAAUAUCCAAAUAUGCAAUUUCCUGACCGGGUAAAUGUUACUAGAAGCCAAUUAUUAUGGAUGAGUUUUCUGAUGUACUCUGGCAUGUUAUUCUACAGUAGCAGGUACUCUAUUCCCUGUAUUCCCUCUCUCUGAUGGAUUGUCUCUGGUAAUCUCUUCCUUCCAGGGGGUACUCUUGCCUUCGUGUUAGCCACAGCGGGAACUGACAAGAAAGUGAAGCUUUGGUCGCCUCCAGAUGCCCGCUGA